GAUGAACGUGAAACGAAAGCUGCUAACGAAGAACGAGACACCGCAGAGGAAGAGACCAGCGUCAUGGCCGCCUUCCAGCUGCUCCUCCCGCUGUUGGUCACCUGCGUGGCGGCGUCCGCCCGGCCCCCCCGCCGCCUCCCGGCCUGCCAAGUUGUCCAGAUGGAUGCGUUUUGCAGCGACCUGAGCCUGAGGAGCGCCCCGGUCGACCUCCCCCGCGGCGUCCAGACGCUGGACCUCUCUCGCAACCACGUGCAGAACCUCACCCGGGAGACUCUGGCGUUCCACACCGGCCUGCGGCGCCUGAACCUGCGCUCCAACGAGAUCCACUUCAUCCAGCCGGGGCUCUUCGUGGACAUGGCCGACCUGAAGGUCUUGGACCUGUCCAGGAAUCGCCUGAAUGUCUUGGCCCUCUCCAACGUGAGCCUGGGGCCUCUCACGGCCGUGGAGACGCUCGACCUGUCGAGCAACGGGCUCUACACCGGGAUGACCGACUACUUCCUGGCGCAUUCUCCCUCGCUGGAGGUCCUCGCUCUGAACGGCAACAGCAUCACCAAAAUAGCGCAAAACACCUUCAGCGGGUCGCCGAGGCUGAAAAAAAUCGGCCUCCGCAACAACGUCAUCCUGGAGAUCGAAAGCGGCGCCUUCGACUCCCUGAGCGGUCUGACGAACUCGAUCUGUCCCAAGAACUCCAUCACCUGCAUCACAGACUUCAACCUCUGCAACCUGAAGGUGCUCAACCUCAGCAAGAACAGCGUGGAGCUUUUCCACAGCGCCACAUCGACGGAUUACUAUCGCCUCCUCUCGCUCGAUCUGAGUGAAAACAAAAUGUCUUCCUUUCCUCUGCUGCCCAGGAACAACCGGCUGGAGCGCCUGGACGUCUCACGCAACCAGCUCCAGAGCGUCAACGACACGGCGACUCCUGAUGAAAAGACCUUUUUCUCUCACCUGAGAUACCUGGACAUGAGCUACAACCAACUCCAAAGCUUACCCGAGUCCUUCUUUCACUGCAUGCGGUCCUUGGAGGUCCUGAACGUGAGCAAUAACUGCAUCGGCGAGUUCUCCGUCGCCGACGAGGGCCUCCUGCGGACCGUGAAGGUCAUCAACCUCGGCUACAACUCGCUGCGCAGCCUGACGUUUGGGGAAAACACUUUGCGGUCGCUGGAGAAGCUCCUCCUCCGCGGAAACGGCCUCGCCACUCUGGACAGCGGCGUGUUUCGACGACUUCCGAGCAUCGAGCACCUGCAGCUUCGGCAGAAUAAUCUCCAGAUCUGUUCCUGGGGCCGAAACCGGCAGGAUGCUCCGGGGUGCGUCUCCUUCUCCUCUGUGCCGACCUUGCAGAUCCUGGACCUGUCCGACAACCAGCUGAGGACUGUGCCUGCCGACGCGUUCGCCGGCAGCCCUCUGAAGUCACUGGAUCUGUCCCUGAACCCGGGCUUGGACAUGGACCGAGACUCCCUCUCCGGUCUGGAACGUUCCCUGGUCCACCUGCUCCUCAGGGAGAACAACAUUUCGAGUCUGAGCAUGGACCUGUCGUCGCUGACGAGCCUCAAGCACAUCGACCUGUCCACCAACCAGCUGACCACCGUGCCCGCCUGGAACCGAGACUCCUCCAUCGAGUCCCUGAACCUGCAGAACAACCACCUGGUCACCCUGGAGUACAGCACCAUGCUCGCCCUGGAGCCCUCGCUGAAGACCCUCUACAUGGGCUCCAACCCCCUGAGCUGCUGCAGCAACCUGGACCUCCUCCAAAUGGUGCAGAACUCGGCCGUGGUCGUCCCCGACAUCGAGACCGCCACCUGCGUCCACCAGGAGUACUCGGAGCCAGUCAACAUCGAGCAGGUGACCCAGGACAUGUGCCUCAGGCCGGGGGGCCGGUACUAUGCGGUAGCCGCGGUGGUGGUAGCGCUGGUCACCGUGGUCACGUUGGUGCUGCUGGUCAGAUGUUUCCGCGCCAGGAAACCGGAGCACAACCGGAGCUUCCGGGCUUAGUGCCGCGGCGCCAAGGAAUAUCAGUUUUUCUGACUUGGUCGGCGGUUUAAAACAAACAUGAAUGACCAAAGACUUGUGAAGGACAAUUUAUUGCCCCAAUCUUUGGGUUACCAACAGCGACCGCACUGACACCAACGAAGAAGCCACACUGCGCUUUGAUGUGGAGCGCUGCGGGGACGAAAAACACUUUUCAAAUGUGUUUAUGGUUUGAUGAACAUUCUAGUGGUCACUUUAGGAACUGCAGCUUUAAAGUUAAUACAUUUUAAAAGGAUUAGUUGCAGCAUAUUUUCUUGAUAUUGAACUAUUCUUCAGUUUCGAUGAAAUGAUGAGCGAUUAGUGAGCGAUGCAGAAAGAGGAAGAUGACUCAAAGUCUGACGUCUUCGCUUGUUGACGUGUAACGUCGUGUGAGAGGGGAAUUCUCCUUUACGCUGCGAAUAGAAGGAAGAAAACACUACAAAAGGUCAGGAAGCAAAAGGCUCCGUUCAUGAACUAUGACUAAAUGAAGUACAUGUGUAUCUAUAUGAAUAUAUAUAUAUAUAUAUAUAUAUAAUUUGUCGGGGGUCAAAGUUUUUACAAAGCAAUCCGACCUCUUUUUUUAUGUGGUUUGCACUUUAAAUCUCGCCUGGUUUGUGUGAUUGUGUCUUAUUCUGUGAUUGUUUCAACACUAAUGAUAUUUGUGUUUCCAUUAACAACAGUGUUGUUUUCUGCAUUUGACGCGAGAAGCUGAAGUCUGGGCUGAACACUGAAACGAGUAACUGUGAAACUCUGACAUGGAGGUUUAUUAUACGUGCUGUUUAUUUUUGGAAUAAAUAAAAGAAUAGAUGUUGUGUGCAACGCAACAAUCCACAAUUAUAUACAACGGAAAUGCUUUUCUAACGUCAUGUAAGCGACACUUUGUACCAGAUGAAGGCCAUUUUCUACACAUUAUUUUAUGUUUAAAUACUGAGUGUCGUGUUCACACCGGCCCAUUUCUUGUCACAUCAAUAUUCAGCUAAUAAUAUAACAGAUUUUUUGCUCGGUCAUUUAAAAAAAACUUUUGGGCAAAAGAAGUAGCACUUAACUAUAUGAGAAUAAACUGAAUGUUAUUUUCUAAUGUUUGUCAUUUUAUUAUUGCACAAACAUUCAUCAGAAUAAUUUGAUUAUUUCCUAUUAUUCAAAUCAGUUUUAAUGCAACAUACACCAUUGCAGAUAUUUCUUUUUUAAAAUAAUCAAUUUGUGAGGUUUUUAACAUGUUUGUUUAAUCCAGUGUUCAAAACGACGUCAGACAGAAACCUGAACAUUUAUUCUUAUCACACGAGGCGACUUAUGACUAAAUAAAUACAACAUAAAUAAAGUACACAAUUGAGAUAAAAUGAGAAAUGAACGUUUGCUUUUCACA